CGUCGAUGACGUUUCAUUUGUCAAUUGUAAGAUCUCGCAAUAAAAACACCCUUUUAAUCUAUUUUAAAAAGUUAAUUUUUCGGUGCUUGCAAUGAAAUGUCGUUCCGAGGAAGAGUUUUAGGAUUCGUGGAAGUCGUCCUGAGAGUGCCGCCGCUGUUCGUCAUCGACGAAAUAUUAAAAAUAGGAUUAUUUGGUCUAACGGAUUUGUCACAACAUGACUUGUCAAGUUACGAGGAAAAAUAUUCCAAAAUUGAAAAUGAAUAUAGUAACAAUACAAUUUAUAGCCAUCCUUUCGAUCCGCUGGUUUCGAGGUAUAUCAUACUAUCCGUAGCAAGGCUAGUGGUUAGCAUUUUAGGUUGCUUUAUCGCCAUUUGCAUGUUCGUUCUCAGUACGAAGCACUUAAUGGUAGUGUACAUGUACUUGAUGUCAGUCGGACUGGUAAUAAUCUCCUACUGGACCAACGUGAACACGAUAAACUCCGCGUUGAAUCUCGAGAACUUCGAGAACCGAACCCUAAACAUCAUAAACGUGCUGUCGUUGAACCUCGAGCAGCUCAUCCAGCACAAAGUCUAUCUCUUCAACGUGAUACAGAACUACGUACUGCAGGUUCUGUUGGCGAUGAUAUUCACCAACAUCCACCUCGGACCGAGGAACCCGGUGAUACAGCGACUUCUGCCGUUGAUCUUCUUAGUUCCAUCGGUGCUCGUUGUGUUGCCCACGCCGCCCAUCCUGCUCAGCCACAUGCCCAUCAUAGCGGCCCUGGUGCCCUUGGCCCUCGUCAAAUUCGUCUUGUGCAAUUCCAUCGUGCACAUCUUGCACUCCGUCUACACGGGGUACCUGCAAGCCAAGAACUUUGUAUCGAACUUUGGCAUGUCGGCUUUGGUGGAGUCCGAAUGGUUGAGAUUGAACGUGCCGGAGGUGCUGCGCACGUUUUGGAUACUGCGAGUUAUCGAACACGCCGGCAUAUUUUUCCUGUCGGGUUACUGGGAGAUUGACGACGGCAACUCGCCCCAUUUCAGAUUGAUUAAGUAUCUGAUGGUGACCGGUUGUGAUACCCUGACCGCUGUACUCGGCAUAACGAGUAUAGUUUCGUGCAUAUGCAAUUACAUCGGGAAAUUCUUCCAGUGGAUUUUACUGACCGACGAUGAGAACGAUAAGAAUUUCGGUACUGUAUCCGCUAUAGUAUUUUAUAUACUGGCGUUGCAGACCGGUUUGACCGGGUUAGAGCCCGAAGUGAGGUUCGUACGGUUGUGCAGGAACUUCUGUUUGCUGUUUACUGCUUUAUUGCACUUCACCCAUAAUGUAGUGAAUCCUCUGUUGAUGAGCCUGAGCGCUUCACACAACCCUUCGGUGAGGAAACACCUCCACGCGCUCCUUGUGAGCGCCGUAUUAGUCGCCCUACCUAUUCUACUCAUGUACUUCUUGUGGAAGACGCAAGAAACCUCCACCUGGUUACUAGCAGUGACCGCGUUCAGUAUAGAAGUCAUCGUGAAAGUGUUUGUAUCGCUGGCGAUCUACUCGUUGUUCCUGCUCGACGCGAGGCGCGAGACGUUCUGGGAGAAACUGGACGAUUACAUCUACUACAUUCGAGCGUUCGGCAACACCGUCGAGUUCUGCUUCGGCAUCUUCCUCUUCUUCAACGGCGCCUGGAUACUGAUGUUCGAGAGCGGCAGCGCCAUCCGGGCGGCCAUGAUGUGCAUACACGCGUACUUCAACAUCUGGUGCGACGCGAAGGCGGGCUGGUCGGUGUUCAUGAAGCGCCGCACGGCCGUCAACAAGAUCGAGAGCCUGCCGGAGGCGGACAGGGAGCAGCUGAGGCUGUUGGACGACGUGUGCGCCAUCUGCUAUCAGGAGAUGCAGAGCGCGAAGAUAACGCGGUGCAGGCACUUCUUCCACGGCGUGUGCCUGCGGAAGUGGCUGUACGUGCAGGACAGGUGUCCGCUGUGCCACGAGAUCCUGCACGGGAUCGAUACGGACGAGAGGCGGGAGGAGGGGGAGCGGCAGGAGGUGCAGGACGGUAAUUUCGAUAGGUGAUAGGGUCGUUUUACGAUUGUGAUAUGUAGGGUAAUUUUUAUGAGAAUUUCGAACUGGAUUAGCUCGAUGUUAACUAGUUAAAAAAAACAAACAAACAAACGUACGUUGGCUGUUAAUUGACUUUGAGAUGAGGUAAAAGUAAGAGGAAAAAAAAUAUUUAUUCUAAGUGUACAUAAAUGAAUAAAAAUUUAUUUGAUGUAAGUAUUGGUGUUCUUAAUGUGUCAAACGUAAGGUGGAAGUGGUAUUUGUUUAUGUCACGGCCUUAUAUUUCUGAGGUCUGGAAACAGGUCGAAAAAAUGACCCGUUAUUUGAGGAUAAAACAGAGUUCUUAAAACGGCCGCUAGGAGGCGAUGUUGUAAAGGACCCCGGUUUUUAUUCGUGCGAAUUAUAUAGAAUUAGCAUUAAAAAAGGUUUCAUUCAAACUAAAAAUAUAUACAAAAUAUAAAAAUAUACUUAUAUCAGCGAUGAUUUUAAUGUUAACAUCGUGCCUCACGUAUCUUCGGUUAAUUUAUUUCUCCAUUUUCACCUCGAAACAUUUCUCUAAUGCAUAAGCAUAGCUGUUUCCAGACCUUAGAAAUAUUCGUCCGUGGUUUCUGUUGACACUUGUUUUUUUUAGCGGGUUAUUUGAAAUUAUUUUUAUUUUUUUAGUUUGACUGAUUCAAUUUUUGUUUCUGAAUCCUAUAGAAUUUGGGACGAUUGAUGGGGUUUCCUGAAAAUUUCUAUUUUCUUAUUAGAUAAUUUUUUUUUAUUAAAUUAGGUUUUAUUACAGGAAGUAAAGAUCUCCAUAAAUUUUUUUGGUUCAUUUUCCUAGUAUAAUUUUACACGCGCAUCUGCUUUACUAUGCAUUGUAAAUUGGAUGUGUAAAUGGUUUUUCAACUUUGGCUAGUGAUUAUUUAUUUGUUGUUGAAUGUUGAAACAAUUAACAUAUGUUUAAUUUUUCUUUCAAAGUCAAUAAAGGGCUUAUAUGUUGGAGAAACGGAGGAAUUGAAUUUUUAAAUUCUUUUUUGUAUCUAUAUUAUUUUUUGUAAGAGCUAUGAAAUGUUGGAAUUUAAAAAUUGCAAAUUCCGCGGGGUCAUUACUUGUAUUUCUAUAAAAUUGGCAAAUUAUUUCGUUUUUCUAGCUAGUCAAUGGAUUUCGAGAAAAGCAAACGAAUUAGAUUCUUGUAUAAUUAAUUUCCAACGGUAUUGACCCUCAUCCCACUUUUUUAAUGUAUAAUAUGUAUAAUACAUUUGACUUGUUUAAUAAUUGUAAAUACCUAUUUCGAUUUGUAUAGUUCUUAUUUCUUUCCGACAAUACUUUCUACGAUCGGAAUUGAAUUAUACCCAACUUCUCGAUAUUUAUUUGUAUACCUACGAUUAGAAAAGAUUUUUUUUUUCAGUUUAAUCGCUGCGUUUCUUUUAUUAAUUAAAUAUCAAAUCCUUGUAGUUGGUUAAUAGGUAGUAAUUGGAGAUUCUGCAAUUGGUUAAUGUCCUUACUACCGUCAUUCUAUCGGCUCUCUCGAAAUUCGCUUUCACCACCUCGUAGUAUCGCCCAUCGCUAAAAUAAUAACUUAUUAUAUUUUAAUUUGUGGUUAAUUAAAAAAAAUCACCUGAGGCACAAGCAUCGUAGUUUUAGGCAUUUCACUCGCAGAGUAUCGAUGGCUUUUUGGCUUUUAUCCGAGAAUCUCAAAUUAUCGGGAUCCCAGCGCAAUUCCAGGCGCUCCACGUUGGGGCAGUUUCUCGAAAUACUAUCCAUCAGUUGAUCCACUAAAAUGUUCACUCCCAAGCGCUCUUGCGUGCCCAUUACCAAAAUCCUGCCAAAAAUAGAUGCAAAAUAAUGAAGCAAUGCGAGUUUACUACUUACUGAGCGUUGUUUAAUAUCGGUAAAAUAGUUUGCCAAAGAGAAUCUGUUAUGUGAGUCAUCCCCGACAAUCCUAAACCCAGCAGCUGAUGCCCGUGUUUGCACAAGAAUUUGUAAAUGGCCUCUUCAGUAAGAUUAUCCGAGCUGUCCAAAUCUAAAGCGACCUAUAAAAGAUCGAGUGAGCGAGUUUUACAGUCGCUUUAAUUAAUUUUUUACCAGAUUUCUAGCGUUACCCGAGUCCAUGUAAGUUUUCAACACCGAAUCAUUGAACCCGUUCAACUGCCCGGCGCUCAAAAAUUUCAACGCCGGUAUCCUGGAUAGGAUAUCCUGCAGGCAUUCCGUGGAUAAAUCGGUCGCUGUGAUGUCUAGCUCUUGUACCGGGCAUUUCUCCCAGUCUAUUUGCAUUAAAUAUUCGCUC